AUGGAACCUCUCGCGAAAUGGCACAAUGACAGGUUCCCGCCGAAAGUUGACAGAUGCGUGGAUUUGGGCGCGCAUUUAUCGGUAAAAAUAUGGUUUCAAAAUAGAAGAAUGAAGUGGAAACGUUCGAAAAAAGCCCAACAAGACACGAAAGGAAAGGACACUCACACAGCCCAUCAGCCCGAUGAAAAAAGCAAAAUCAAAGACGUAACACUGCCUUCACCCGAACCUGAAAAACAACCUCCACAACAAAUGGCCGCCGAUUUGACAGCUGUCAAACAACCAGCGAUGCUAGAUAGGGACAGAAUAAUUGCUCUAGAAAGAGAGAGGGCGAUGGCGGCAGCAAAUUUUAACUCAAGCCUAGAAAACAAUAGACGCGGAUUGGUCGUUAUAAACCAAGAAGGAGGAAGACCAGGAAUGGAUAUGUUUAGGCCGUACGUGGUA